GAAGACAAGGGAUGGAAGGAUGUUGGAGGGAAAGUGGAGAGGACAGGGCAUGACUGGUGGUUAUGGAAUUUUAGUCCUUUAAAUGGCUCUAUCAUCGCUCGAAUGGGUGAUGAGUUUAUAAUUUGGGAAAAUUAGAGAUGCUUGGUACCGCGACUUGUGGUUAGCUAGAAACAGAUUUCAGGGUCCUCCCCUCCCCACACAGCCAGUUUCCCUCUGGAGAUUGGAUUUCUCACCUUGAAAAGAGGGAAUAGGAAUGUGGGAUCUUCUAGCUUUUAAACUGUAGGACUUUAUACAUUUGUACUCUGGUGAUUAAGAUUGGUGUUUGCUAACUGUUCCCAUUUUCCUGGUGUUAUAAAUUAAUACAUAAAUUUCAUUGGGGUUAAUUUUUAAAAUUGAGGUAGAGAACUCAGUGUGCCUUUUCCUUGAGUUUAUGCAGGACUUUUGAGCAAAGCCAUAGAGACCUUCCACGUAUAUUAUUGGUCAUCAAGACGUGGCUUUGGGAAGCUGUGGUACAAGUGUUAAGGAUACUAAAUUAUUCCCCUAGACUCAGAGCCAAGGUAAAUUUAAAAUUAACGUUCUGUUUGAAGUUAAUAACUUUUCUGAAGCUUAUGAAGUCCUUGGACUUCAGUCCCUAGUACCCCGCGGUGGAAUAAGUCAACAGGAGUGGAUUCUGCAUUUGAAAGUGCUUAUCAAAGGAGAAUAAAAAGGCACAAGCAAGUAAUUGGGAUUCUCGGCCUCAUGCACAAGAAAGUGUGGUGAUAGAAUGGAUUGGACAAAAGAUGGUCAAAUCUUGGAGCCCACAGCUUCUCUUCAGUGUGGUUGGUGAAAAUGCGGGCAAACUUCAGCUUCCUACGCUUUGUGUGACCAUCAUUUCUGCGGUGUGAGCCCUGAAGCCAGACACUUUAGGUCUUGAAUUGAUAACUUUUUAAAAUAGCAGCCACAGUGGUUGUCUCGUCAUUGGUGCUGUCUCAUCCUGUAGCCACAGUUGCAAGCAAUGAAAAGGAGACAGUCUUCUGAAGCUGAUGUCAGGUCACCCUGGGACUAAGUGCCAUGUGGUUUUAUAGAUUGAGGAUCCAGGAGACCUUACUUUGCAACUGACCAACUUAAAAUAUCACUAUGACUGCUUGAGCCAUCUCGGAGAGAAUAUGAUGCAGAGAUCUCACUUGGGAUUUUUGUUUUGCCUAUUUAAAAGCAAAAGAGGAAAGAAAGGCCUUGCUCCAGGCUUGAUGAGUCUUGGGGGUGCAUCUUUCAUCCCAGGAGGAGAUAAGAAAUGGAGCCUGCUGCAGAAAAGAGCUUUGGUGUGUGUUUGAAGUGUUUCUUCAGAAAAGGAGACUACACUCUGCACUAAACCGAGUAGUCAGAGCAUCGGUAGAGAAGUAGACUGCCAAACGAAAGAGGACAGCUGAUAAAGGAGAGCCGGCAUGAAGAGGCCACACACACGUGAUCCUGCAUCUUGGAGGAAGCGUUGUGGGAGGCACUGCAGUGAAGAAAUGGACCAGUGCGUGUAAGCAUGGACUCUUCUUGCUGACUGUCGCCACCUGCUCUCCUUGCUAAGUGAGAGAGAGUGGGUCAGGGGAGAAAGAAAAGAGGCCAACAUGAAGCUAAAGCAGCGAGUUGUGCUUUUAGCGAUUCUUCUUGUCAUCUUCAUCUUCACCAAAGUUUUCCUGAUUGACAACCUGGACACAUCAGCCGCAAACCGAGAGGACCAGAGGGCUUUCCACAGAAUGAUGGCUGGCUUGAGGGUGGAGCUGGUGCCCAAGCUGGACCACACCUUGCAGUCCCCCUGGGAGAUUGCGGCCCAGUGGGUGGUUCCCCGGGAAGUGUACCCAGAAGAGACACCAGAGCUGGGGGCAAUCAUGCAUGCCAUGGCCACCAAGAAAAUCAUUAAAGCUGAUGUGGGUUAUAAAGGGACACAACUGAAAGCCUUACUGAUACUUGAAGGAGGACAGAAAGUCGUCUUCAAGCCUAAGCGGUAUAACCGAGACUAUGUGGUAGAAGGGGAGCCAUAUGCUGGUUAUGAUAGACACAAUGCAGAGGUAGCAGCCUUUCAUUUGGACAGGAUUCUGGGUUUCCGUCGCGCCCCCUUGGUGGUUGGCAGAUUUGUUAAUCUACGGACAGAGAUCAAGCCCGUUGCCACGGAGCAGCUCUUGAGCACCUUCCUAACCGUAGGAAAUAACACUUGUUUCUAUGGGAAGUGUUAUUACUGCCGAGAAACAGAGCCAGCUUGUGCUGAUGGAGACACGAUGGAGGGAUCUGUCACACUUUGGCUUCCAGAUGUGUGGCCUCUGCAGAAACACCGACACCCAUGGGGCAGGACAUACCGCGAGGGCAAACUGGCCAGGUGGGAGUACGACGAGAGCUACUGUGAUGCUGUCAAGAAAACGUCCCCCUAUGACUCGGGCCCGCGCCUCUUGGACAUCAUUGACACCGCUGUCUUUGAUUACCUGAUCGGCAACGCGGACCGCCAUCACUAUGAGAGUUUUCAAGAUGACGAAGGUGCCAGUAUGCUCAUCCUUCUCGAUAAUGCCAAAAGCUUUGGGAACCCAUCGCUGGAUGAGAGAAGCAUUCUUGCCCCCCUCUAUCAGUGUUGCAUCAUUCGGGUGUCCACCUGGAACAGACUGAACUACCUGAAGAACGGCGUGCUGAAGUCUGCCUUAAAGUCGGCCAUGGCCCACGACCCCAUCGCCCCCGUGCUGUCUGAGCCCCACCUGGACGCCGCGGAGCAGCGACUCCUGAGCGUGCUGGCCACGGUGAAGCAGUGCACUGACCAGUUCGGGGCGGACACCGUGCUGGUGGAGGACAGGAUGCCUCUCUCCCACUUGUAAUCCGCUCCACAGAAUAAGCGAGACUCCUUUUUACAAAGCUAGAGAAACAGCACAAUCACUUCCGAACGGGAUGAGGGGGAUCGGAGACAGCCGGCAGCAAGCUCUGGUGAUGGGGGGCAGGGUGGCCUUGGAUGCCUCUGGCAACUUCUGUAGGAGAAACGAAGGCAAAGAUGACAGGUUUCAGACCACGGGAGCGCUCCCGCCGACCCCCCAACUUCGGCGGCGGGCCUCCUGGUUGGUCGGUCCUCGCUCGCAUGGCACGGGACAGAUAGAGGGGGGACGUGCGGAGAGGUGAAUGCUGGGCCUGCUUCUGGAGUGUGUGGUUUGAGUUCAUCCUUAGAAUCCUUUCUCCACCCCGAUGGAGUUUCUGAAAACCCUUGGCCAUCUCUGGAGUCCUUUUUGCACCAGGACCGAUCCAGCUGGGAAUUUGACCACCUCCUGCGGAGUGGCAGCCGGGGAAACCGGGCCUCUUGAGCCCGAUAGCAUGCUCUGUGGGCAGGGAAACAUGUUCAGGAUCGAAUUAGCGGGAACAACAGCAGCAGGAAGGAUGCUUGGGCUUUUAAGCGAUUGGCUGAUAGUGCUUUCCGUGAGCUCUUAGAGGAGGGAGGAAGAGACGGCACCAGAAGCGGGGAGACCCCCCGGUAUUAGAGCUCCACGGGUGUAGAGAAAGCAAACAGGACUUGAACCUCAGUGGAUCUGUGUGCUCACAGUGGUAUCCCAGUUAGACCGCAAAUUGUCCAAGCAGGAUGCUCUCAUGGAGACUUUUCUUUUUCCCUUUGCCCAAAGCAGGCAAAUCCUUUCUGAAUUAACAAAGCAAACUGAGCUAACACCUUGAUGAGAGUUAAGUUGCCUACGAUCUCCACCAUCCCAAUUUCUCAUCUGAAAUGAUUUCCACCUCAGCCUUUAAGGCUUUCGGUCACUGAAGCUGCUGUUCCCAAGAGAUUGGCAAUUCCUGUCUGUCCCUUUCUCGUGGGAAGAGCUAGCUCCCACGCUCAGCCGACCACGCGUUCUGCUGGUGGCUGGACCAGUCUUGUGAUGUGGGCCAUGCCGAUGACUGGGAACAAAGAGUUGAAGCUCUCUGAGCCUCAAAACGAAGGAGGUUACCAGGAAGAGCCUUAAGAUUUUGGUUUAUGUCAAGCCCUGAUUUCUUCAUUUAAUUUCAUCGGGUGUUCAGAACUGGUGGUGGAGCGCCGCUGUCCCUGUCCCUGUCCCGGUAGUGACAGAAGGCCAGGCUCAGCUUGGUCUGUGUUCCUGCAGAGCCUCCCAGACCUAUAAGCCGUUGCAUCCUGUCUAGGGGCCGGUCCAGCCUUGCCUUGUGCUUCUGUCAGGCAGAGGCUGCUGUUUCAACUGUGUGAGGGAGCAAAUGCCGUGCCAGCCUCUGGAGACCAGUGUGGGGCAGCCAGCCUUUCAAAAACAGCUUAGAAUCUAGGUCCUUGUUCUUGAAAGGCAUUGAAAGGCAGCUGGGCAGCCUGUAACUGUUAACAACAGCCUGAGGUCAGGAUGCUUUUGUACUUUGUAAGUAUGUUUGGAGACAUCCACAAGAAUGGGUUGAGUUCUAAAAGAAGGUAUUGAGUCUAAGGAGCCAGGUGUUAGCACAAAACACUGAAAUGGUGUUAACAGAAGGAGGCCUUAGAUUUCAGUUGUAGGACCAUUUAUUGUGUGCAUUGAGCAGGAUUCAUAGCUGAGCUGGAGAAUAUCGUGGAUGGUGCUCACCCAGAGGGUCAAGGAGCUGGCUGGAGGGAGACGGUGGGAGGCAGUGGGCUCGCCUGGGUUUAUGUUGGUUCAACCAAAUGAUGGCCCAGUGUCCUUGCAGACACAUGGUACCUGUUGUGUGGCGCAGUGGAAUGGGUAAGACUUGUUCUCCAACUGGGAGCUUGCUUCCUAAUGUUGAAAGCAGAAGAUAUUGCUAAGGAAACAAGCAGGAAGAAAUAUCCCAUCCUUUUUUCAAAACAUGGCAGAAAAUGUAUGAGUUCAUUCUGUUUCCUGCUGUUAAAAAUUCAUGAUCUUAAGAGGUGUUCAGAUCUAUCAUGUUUAAUGUCGUUUACUAAUAGGGUGGUGUCACAGGACUCUUGGAACAUAGAUUUAUGUUCUAAUCAGGAUUGGAUUAAGUUAAUCUUAGAGAAAACCAACCAAAAGCUUAUAGCCCUGAAAGUCACAAAAACCAAAUUCUGUUGGAAAAACAGAGGCUGAUACCUUUUUUUUCUUUCUUUCUUUCUUUUUUUUUUUAAGUUUUGUCACUGUGUCCUCUUUGUGGUUUCUUUAGCACCGUUAGACAAGUCACUAGAAGUGGUCUUGGUCAGUCCUAGGUUGGGUUUGCCUAGUCAACAUCUAAAGGUAGAAGGGGAUAUAUUUUAAUACUAUCAAACUAGGAAAAUCAGAACUGAAUGCCAUUUCCUUACCUCCUCUCACUUCUUAAAUAUGUCUAUUGCAGAGUUUGAAUGGGGAAAUAUGGGUAUAGAAGUUCUAUUCUAAAUUGUUCUUUAAUAUGAGGCUCUAUUGUGGGUUUGGGUGUAAAUAAUUUUCUGUGCAAAACAAAUUAAUAGACAGGAUCUGUGAUUUGCUCAGAGUAUUGUUCGAUAAUAUAUUAAUAAGGCAUUUCUCCCUGUUGCACUCAGGACUAAUAUAUCAAAUGAAAUUUAAGGAGGAAAUGGAAGAAUUCAGGUACAUCUAUUGCAUAUUAUUUGGGGAAGGAUGAAUCCUGUACAUGUCAAUUUUUUAGUGUCUCCUGAACAGUAAGUUCUUCCAAGGAAAUUCAUCUUUCUUUUCCUUAAAAAAAGAAAAGAAAAGAAGAAAGACUUUUGGCUUUCCCUUCCCAUCCCCCAUAUUCCUUCAGCGUCCAUUCGCAAUGGUCCUUGUCUUAUUUGACUGUAAGUGACCACACCUCAGUGGCGAUAAAAACCGCGUCUGUCAGUGAGCUGUCCUGUAGGAGUGAUCUUUUGAGCUUGAGCUUCAGGAAACAUGAGUAAAGGCAUAUGUAUUUAUAUAGUCAUAUCUGUUAUUGUAGCAAGAGAAAAAAACGUAUUUAUUUUGACACAGGGAAACACUGACUUAUGUUGCUGAAGAACUUGAAGCUAGUGAAUGGGUCUCUCCUCAGUCUCUGUGAAUGGCUCUGAAGUCACAGAGAGACCAUUCAGCCGGCAUUUUCUGGGCACCUUUGGAGAGCUGGGCGUGGCCAGGCACACGCAGGAGCCAGACAGAACUGACUUCGUGAAACCUAUCGUCCAGGGGAAGAGCAGUUUCUCUCCCUUCAAUGCAUCCAGCCUGGGUUGAAAAGGCAGGGGCUGGUUACUCCACUGCCACAGGUUUUUAAGGAACUAAGGUGUUACUCACAAAUACAAAGUGUAAGCGGGGGAGCUGGGGAGGAACUUACUGGGAAGCUAAUUUAGUUUGCUCAAAAGGGAGGUGUAGGAACCGCUACCCUCGAUUUUGAUCUGCCAAGAUUUCCUCUCAGAGCUGUCACACAGCAGGAGGUUGGGCUUGGUAAGACACCAAACAGGACAGAUAUGCACCCAAGUUUCUAAUGUGUUCUAUGGGUUUCAAUUCUGAAAAAGAAGAAAAAAGUGAAUAAAGAUUUUAAUAAGUA